UCGCCGGCCGCGCUGCUCCAGCCCCCGCUGCUGUUCCACCUCGCUCGCUUAGCAGGUCAAUGAAUUGCCAGAGGCUUGAGGCUGGAGGAGCCCGGCCCUGGAGCCAUCCUCGAAUUCCUGCCUAGCAAACAUGCGCCUCUGCACUUUCUCUGAUUCCCUAGCCAGGAACGUAGCUGCUUGAGAAGUUGGAAAAACCAGGAGGACUUACAGGGGCGUGUAAAGCAAUCCGCAGCUACAAAAGGAGGAUCCCUGGUAAGGGAUCCACCAAUUUUGCUACCAAAAAGGAGGCCUCUUAGUCAGAUGGAAAUCCUGUAUAAAUGUGAAAACCAUUAGCAAAGUAAUUGCUGUCUAUUACCAUGACAACCAGCCGCUGCAGUCACCUGCCUGAAGUCUUACCAGACUGCACCAGCUCAACUGCUCCCCUAGUAAAGACGGUGGAGGAUUGUAGCAGUCUUGUGAAUGGACAGCCGCAGUAUGUCAUGCAAGUUUCAGCCAAGGACGGGCAGCUUCUGUCAACAGUAGUAAGGACUCUUGCCACACAGAGCCCUUUCAAUGACAGGCCAAUGUGCAGGAUCUGCCACGAAGGCAGCAGUCAGGAAGACCUGCUCUCUCCAUGUGAAUGUACAGGAACCCUGGGGACUAUUCAUCGCAGCUGCUUGGAGCAUUGGCUGUCCUCUUCGAAUACCAGUUACUGUGAACUCUGCCACUUCAGGUUUGCAGUAGAGCGCAAACCCAGGCCGUUAGUAGAGUGGCUAAGAAACCCAGGUCCGCAGCAUGAGAAACGGACUCUGUUUGGAGACAUGGUGUGCUUCUUGUUUAUAACUCCACUGGCGACCAUCUCUGGCUGGUUGUGUCUGCGGGGAGCGGUGGACCACCUGCACUUUAGUAGUAGGCUAGAAGCUGUUGGCCUCAUUGCACUCACUGUCGCACUCUUCACUAUUUACCUCUUUUGGACACUAGUGUCAUUUAGGUACCACUGUAGAUUAUACAAUGAAUGGCGUCGGACCAAUCAGAGGGUGAUACUCCUAAUUCCAAAAUCUGUCAGUGUUCCUUCUAACCAGCAGUCAUUGCUGGGCCUUCAUUCAGUCAAAAGGAACUCAAAGGAGACAAUCGUUUGAUUUUUGGCAGUUCCGGACUGAAGUCAUGCACUAAAUAUACUUUCGUAAACCCAUGGGCUCUGAUUCCAUCCAGAACCUGGUACAGUGCUAUUCCGGUUUACAAACUCUUUACAGAGGAAGAAAUCACUAUUAAUUAAAAUCAUGGAUGCUGCAAUCAUAUGAUAUUUGCUAAGCUGCCAAACAUGUUUAUUUAGCAGAUACUGUAUGGAAUUCUACAAACUCAUGUUAAUACUUGCCUUGUCAGUGAUGCAAACCCUUCUUUUUUUAUUAUUGUUUAAAAAUAUUAAAACUAUGAUAAUUAACAAUACA